ACACAUAAAAAGUAUUGAAAAGAGUACUACCACAUAAUUCAAUACUAAGACAUAAUUGGUAGACAUAGCUACUAGUUUCCAUGGCAGCACACUCCCAUGUGGCCGUAGUAGCAUUCCCCUUCGGCACACAUGUUGCUCCACUCCUCUCCAUCGUCCGCCGCUUAGCUGCAGCCUCCUCCCCCGAGACCAUCUUCUCCUUCUUCAGCACUGCUCACUCCAAUAACACCAUUUUCACCACUAAAGACACCAAUGUGAAAGUGAAACCAUAUGACGUGUGGGAUGGGAUCCCUGAGGGACACACCUUCACUAGAGGACGUGAGGAGCCCAUCGAGCUCUUCAUGAAGGCUGCGCCGCAGAGCUUGAGACUCGGCAUGGACAAGGCCGUGGCCGAGACUGGAAAGGAGGUGACAUGUUUGGUCACUGAUGCUUUCUUUUGGUUUGGAGGUGAUAUGGCUCGACAGAUGGGAGUGCCUUGGGUGCCCUUUUGGGCUUCCGGGUCACAUGCACUCUCUGCUCAUCUUAAUACUGAUCUCAUUAGGCACCACUACAUGUCUCAUCAAGGAAGUGGAAACGAACUCUUGAGUUUCAUACCAGGAAUGUCACAAAUUAAACUCCAAGAUUUACCAGAAGGAGUGGUCUUUGGAGACUUGAAAUCCUACUUCCCCACCAUGCUACAUCAAAUGGGGUUGAUGUUACAGAGUGCAACCGCAGUUUUGAUAAACUCAUUUGAAGAGCUAGACAAAGCCAUUACGGACGACUUGAAGUCCAAAUUCCACAAGGUCCUCAACGUGGGGCCUUCCAACUUAUUGUCACCACCGCCGCCGCCACAAGACGAGAACAGCUGCCUGCCGUGGCUUGACAAGCAGGAAGCCACCUCAGUUGCAUACAUUAGCUUUGGCUCAAUGGCGGUACCACCAAAAGAUGAGCUUGUGGCCAUAGCCGAAGCCUUGGAAAGCAGUGGGGUUCCAUUCAUAUGGUCACUCAAGGACAUUGCCAAGGCAAACCUACCAAAAGGGUUUUUGGAGAAAACCAAGACACAUGGAAAGGUAGUGGCUUGGGCACCACAGAUGAGCAUACUGUGUCAUAGGUCAGUUGGAGUGUUCGUGUCGCAUUGUGGUUGGAACUCGUUGUUUGAGAGCGUAGUUGGUGGUGUGCCUAUGAUUUGCAGGCCUUUUUUUGGUGACCAUAGGCUGAAUGGAUGGUUGGUAGAGGAGUUGUGGGGAAUUGGGAUCAAAAUUGAGGGUGGAGUUCUUACAAAACAUGGAAUGGAAAGCUGUUUUGAUGCGGUUUUAUCUCAAGAAAAAGGAAAGAAAAUGAGAGAGAAGGUUCAAGUGGUUAAAGAGCUUGUGACUAAGGCUGUUGGUGCUGGAGGAAGUAGUGCAGAGAAUUUGAAGGAGUUGCUCCGAGUGAUAAACAGCCCUGGUGGAAGUAUGUAGUGCUUAGUGUAAUGCUCAAAUGUAUUUGUGCAUUGAUACAUCUAAGAGUAUUUGCUUUGAUUUUAUUACUAGUCUAGUGUCCUAUGCAGACCCUAUUUUUCAUUUCUUUAAAGGACUCUAAAAAAACUACUGCUUAGCUAUAUAAAUCUGUCAUGUCAUGACAGUUGGCUGUUAUGUCUUUGGUUAGAAUUUUCUGAUUUGGGAAAGUAAGCCUUGCUUGUAAUUAUAAAAACCAGACCAAGCCUUUUGGUUGUAACAAUAUAUUUUAGAUAAGAGUUUGACAUUUUGUGAAGAGAGAAUCACCAGUGAGAAAGAGCUUUGAGUGA